AUGGCCAUCCGUAAAGACCUUAUAGGGGCGGUUAGGGUCGAGAACCGCACUGAUUUAGUAGACCACCCCUAUUUACAGGCCCUGGACAUAUGGGAAGCACCAAUAAUUAGCGGGCAUGCCCCCCGACGCACUAGAAUAGUCAACUGCUAUGAUGUGUGGAUUGGGGCCAGUUACCGGUGGCAAGGGGCCUUCCCUAGACGACGCCGGGCCAUCGAGGACGCAGACUGGGACCUGCUUAUAGUGGGUAGGUGCCUAUUAGUGGGUGAUUUCAACGCCCAUAGCCCUUCGUGGAACCCACUGGCCAAGGGCCGGGUUAACGCUGAGCCCUUGGAACAGCUUAUAGAGCGGCACUCACUAUAUGUUAAUAACCCACUGGGGGAGGCCACACGCUAUAAGAAGACCGAGGGGGUGUCAAUUAUUGAUUUAGCGUUAUCCUCGCCAACCCUAGGGCCUCUGCAAGCCUGGGAGGUGGAUAAGGAUAAGCCUACAACAUCUGACCAUGAGCUUAUCGUCCUAGCCUGGGAAGCCCUAGAACCCCCCCCAGGAGGAAUCUCCGGGGAGAUUACUGGGUGGCAGAUAGAAGCUCUGCAGGUAAACGAGGAAGCCCUAAAGCUGGCCACAGCAGCUUGGGCCUCAGAGGCUGUAGGCCACCCCCCUCUUAGUGAUCAAUGCACCGAGGAAGACCUUGCUAGAGAGGCCAAUUGGGUGCAGGACACCCUAACCAGCGUACUCGAUAGGCAUGCCAAAGCAGUACGGCUUUGUGCACGCUCUAAGCGGUGGUGGAAGCCAGAGCUGCGGCAAGCCCGGAGCUUAUGGGCUGCAGCCCGCAAGCGGUGGCAGGCCCAUGCCUGUACCGACACCGAAUUCAAGGCUGCAAGAACCGCUUAUUACCAUGAAAUAAAGGCGGCUAAAAGGACCUGCUGGGAGGCCUUCCUUGCUGAGGGAGGCCCUGGGGGGAAGGAAGAGUGGAAAAAGGGUUCUAACCCCACUGGGAACCCUUUUCCCAAAGGCCCUAGGGAUGACCUGGAAAAGCCUUCUCCAGGAGAUCCUAAUAGGCAGCUAGAAGCAGCGGCAAAAGCUGCUAUUGAGUGGGGACUGGCAAAUAGCGUCAAAUUCGACCCUAAAAAGACAGAGGCCAUCCUAUUCUCUAGGGCCACCAGCAGGGAACAUAAAAAUCAGGUCCAGGAAGCUAGGGUGCAGGUAGAAGACGCUUUAGUGGCAUUCUCCCCAACAGCCAUCCGGUGGUUAGGGGUCUUACUAGAUCCAAAGCUUACCCUCAAAGCCCACUAUAAGUACCGCCUGCAAAAAGGUCAAAAUACUGAAAGACGAGUGCGGGCACUGUGCAAGGCCCAGGGGCUCCCCCCAGGCCUGGCAUGGCGAAUCCAAAAGGCCACCGCGCAGUCAGUGGCGCUUUAUGGGGCCGAGCUUUGGUGGCAUGGGCAAAAGAACUGCCUAGAAGGACUGCAGGGCCUAAUUAAUAACCAGGCCCGGGCAGUCACAGGCAUGCUGAAGUCCACCCCGUUAGGACCGCUUAUAAGGGAGGCAGCUCUGGAACCAGCAGAGGCCCUAUUAGAUAGUAAACAGCGGCGGUAUGCCCUGAGACUCCUAGGACUUCCCCAGGGGCAUCCAGCAGCAGAAAUACUCCCUAUAACGCUUAGGGAGGGAGACGCCCAUGCACAGCCUGGAGAGCAGCCACUAGAAGACCGAGCUUGGGCAACACCAACCCGCCGAGGCCCCUGGAAGCUGGGCAUGGGCCUGGCCCGCAGGCUACGAGAGGCCUUGACCGCCGACCCCUCCCAGGGCUUUGAGCGUACAAUAGAGCCUGGUAAUAGGUCUAUACCACUAGAUUUCAGGAUAGACUCCCCUGAAACCGCUAUGCAAUUAGCCUCAGACCCCCUAAGUGGGAUAGGGAACACUGACCUUUACUCAGACGGUUCCAGGUUAGACGAUCAGCGCGUAGGCGCUGCGGUAGCUUAUAAGCCACUUAUUAGCCCCUGGAGGUCGCGCCUAGCUCCCCUGGGCGCAGGCUUCGAAGUCUUUGAUGCAGAACUAAUAGGAGUAGUCGAAGCCCUAGAGUGGGCGCUGGCAGAGAAUCUUAUAGGGCCAAUUAGGGUGUUUUUAGACGCCCAGGCCGCUAUAAGCAGGCUCCAGCAUACCCGGCCUGGCCCAGGGCAAGCCCUAGCGCUGCGGGCACACGACCUAGCCGGGGAACUACAGGCCACCGGCCGCAGGGUUACCAUAUGCUGGGUGCCAGGCCAUAAAGGGGUCCCAGGCAACGAGGAGGCCGAUAAGGCCGCUAAGAAAGCUGCAGGGAGGCCCUGUACAGGCAAGUACUCAGGCAUCUCACUGGCCCAUGCCCGGCGGGCAUGCACCGAGACUUAUAGCGCUAUCAAGGCCAACUGGCUCACUGCAAAGCUUGCAAGACGCACCCAACAGGUAGGCCAGGCCUACCAACCCCCCCGGGGAUGGAAGCUUGACCCAAUAGUGGCAAGCACCCCCAAGCACCUGGCGCGGCGGUAUUACCAAUUCAAGACCGGCCACACCCCAAUCGGGGCCUAUCUGCACCGAAUCAAGGCCCGAGACUCCCCUAAUUGCUUGGGGUGCUCUAGGGGGACUGAGACGGUAAGACACCUUCUUACAAACUGUCGACAGUGGUGCCACCAGCGGGAAAAACUAUAUGCCGGCUUGGCCGAAGCGGGGGUAAAGGCCCCGCAGGAUAGCGAGCAGUGCCCCGAAGCACGCCUAUUCCAGGACCCAAAGGCCACUACAGCGCUGCUGGCGUUUAUAGGGGCCAUUAGGGAGCGAGAGGAUAACCAACAGGCCUGGGAGCAGGCCUAUAAGACUGAUAAUUGGGGCAUUGAGGCCCUGGAUGAGGGAGAGCGAGAGGGGGAAGGAUAG